CUCCAUCUAGGAGGGACCCAACAACUUGUACCUGACAACCUUGGUAAGACCGACUCAUUGUCUACUGAAGCAUUGAUGGCUGCUGCAUAUAUAAAAGGUCCAAAAUCACAUGUUUGGAAGUUGCUUUACGACAGGGCCAAGGAACAAGGGAACAUGGUGUUAGCAAGCGAUUAUGUGUCCAAAGCAGUACAAGCAGAUCCUGAGGACAUCGAUCUGAAAUAUGAAUAUGCAGACCUCUGCCUAAGUGCUGGGAAAUAUAAAGAAGCUGCUGAAACCUAUGAGAAAAUAUUUCGUCGGCAUCCUGAGAUAAUCGAGCCACUCAAGAGGGGGACAGAGUAUUUUCUAAAAUCCGGCAAGGGUGAACGAGCAGCAAACAUGUUAGAGGAUCAUAUAAAAUCUCAUCCAUCUGAAGUGGGGCCCGAUAUCUUGGAUCUACUGGCUGAUGUUUUGAUGCAAAUUAAUGCGUAUGAUAGAGCUCUUAAGUAUAUUCAUGAUGUGCGCCAAAUUUACAAUCUAGGAAAGGAACUGCCUUCCAGCUUAAAAAUCAGACAAGCCAUCUGCCAUGUUCGCCUCGAAGAAAUGGAGCAAGCAGAGAUUGUUUUAAGUAUUCUACCACGGGAGGCUGUAUCUGAACAUCCAAAGCUCAUCAUCGAUUUGGCUGAUGAGCUAACAAACAUCGAGAAUUUUCAUUCUGCUCUCAAAUACUAUUUGCUAGCAAUCAAUGACUCUCUGAAUAAUGGCUAUUUGUUUGUGAAAGCUGCUCGCUGUUAUAUGUCGUUGGAAAAACGAGAACAGGCCAUCGUUUUCUAUUACAGAGCUUUGAAUGAACUCAGUGAUCCAAUUGAUGCUCGCAUAACUCUGGCUUCACUUCUCCUGGAAGAUGGCAAACGAGAUGAAGCUAUAUCAGUGCUUUCUCCUCCGGAAAAUCCAGAUCUUGACACGUCUGAACAGAAGGCAUGGUGGAAGAAAAGAAAGAUCAGGAUGCAUAUUUGUCAGAUCUAUCAUUCGGAAGGGAUGCUUGAGGAAUUUGCCAAUACAGCAUUGCAGUUGGUUCUUAAGUGGGUUUGGCGGCGUACGGUCAAGGGAAAAAGAAAUCGAUCGGUUCUUUCGGAGCUUCAAAGAAAUAGAAGACGCCGACGUCCUAGAGAUCCUCAAGCUUCCGAGUUGAGAGGCGGACCCAAAAAGUGGCGCAAAAACAGGGCAACACUAAAUGAAACAAAAAGAAUCAGAGAACGGUCUGCUAUUAAAGCUCAUAACGAAGAUAUGUGUAGUGACUCUGAGGAAGAAGCUAUCAAGGAUGAAGAGUAUCACCGUCUCUUUGUUGAUUUGUGCAAGGCUUUGGCUUCCCUGCAGAGAUAUUGGGAAGCUCUUGAGAUAGUUAACCUGGCUCGUAGAUUGGACGCCAAAAUGCUACCUGUUGAGAAGAAAAAAGAGCUUCAGUCACUUGGAGCUAAGAUAUCAUGUGAUACUAUGGAUCCAAAGCAGUGGUUUGACUGUGUAAGAUCUGUCAUUCAGCAACACCCAUAUCGUCUGAAUGCCUGGAACUGCUAUUACAAAGUCAUCUCAAGACUAGGGAAAAGAGCAUCGAGUGAAGCUAAGUUCAUGCAUCACUUAAGAAGCAAGCACAGAGAUUGUGUACCGCCUAUUCUGAUCGCUGGUCAUCAUUUCACCGUGACAAGCCGACAUCAAGAUGCUGCUAGAGAAUACCUUGAAGCAUAUAAACUAAUGCCAGAUAGCCCUUUAAUCAACCUCUGCGUAGGAGCUGCUUUAAUCAACUUAGCACUCGGUUUCAGACUCAAGAACCGGCAUGAGUGUCUCGCUCAAGGCUUUGCGUUUCUAUACAACAAUAUAAGAAUCUGCAGCAACAGUCAAGAGUCGUUGUAUAACGUUGCUCGGGCGUAUCACCACGUAGGUCUUGUGACUCAUGCGGCUUCAUACUACGAGAAGGUUUUAGCGAUCUACGAGAAAGAGUAUCCAAUGCCGAAACUCACAAAUGAAGAUCCAAACGUUGGGGAAGAGCGUAAACCUGUUAACUGUGACCUACGCAAAGAGGCUGCUCACAAUCUGCAUUUGAUCUAUAAGCACAGCGGAGCGUUUGAUCUCGCGAGGCAGGUCUUAAAGGAUCACUGCACUUUCUGAGUUUCGUCUGUCUUGUAAACUCUGCAACCAACUAUUAUUAUUGUCUUAAGGUUGAUUUAUUGUUUAAUUUCAACUUCGUUAACUGAGUUUACUUGGAGUAUAUAAAUAUAUAAUUGCUUCUUGCUAAGAUAAUAUUUCAAGGAUUUA